AUGACUGUCGCUCGACUCAAAGUCAUCGAAUGCCUCAUUAUUUCUCUCUAUCGAGCCUUUGACCAGGUCUUGAUAGUUAUCUUGAUCAUGAUGAGCACCGGAACAAGCAGCAGGUGGAACGAUGGACUCGGCAAUACUACUACUAGUAUGAGAUGGAAAUCCAUGGUGUUGGUUCUGGUGAUCGCUGCUGUGGUUGCCGCCGUCGGGUUUGUCUCGAAUGGUACCACUAUGGCUGUGACUAUCAACAGUGGCACUACUAGUAGCAACCGACUGCUUCAAUACGUAAAUAACGACGGACCUCUCAUCAAGCAACCAAGCACACGAUUUGAAGACUUGGUGGCACUCUUGGUCAGGGCCGACAUCAGUGCCCUCCAGGAUUUGGAAGACCCCAAUUCUCCUCAGUAUCAGGCGGCCGACUGGAUGGCCAAUGAGGACGAGUCGGAAUUGGAUUUGGACGGCGACACCAACCUCCCUGCCAUUACCCAGCGAUACGUCCUGAUGGUAUUCUAUUUCGCCAUGGGAGGACCAAACUGGGCCCAUGGAUUGAAUUUCUUGGAACCUGUCAAUGAGUGCGAGUGGAACCUUGAUGCCAUAGUGGGCGAUGGCCUCCCUCGGACGUAUGGAUUCACUUGCUUUGGGGACACGGGGACCGUUCGGAGAUUGUAUAUGCCCCCCAACUUUUUGGAAGGUUCCUUUCCCAUGGAACUGUCUUAUUUGACGCACUUGGAAGACCUCUUUGCCUUUAACAAUCCAGACCUCACGGAACCUUUUCCAGCAUUCUUGCAAGGUCACGAAAAUAUUGAAACCAUUGGGCUGCACUACUGUGCUCUCAAUGGCACACUGCCCGAAUGGGUGGGUGAUUUGACAUCCCUCGAGAGCCUCGCCUUGUCCAACAAUCAAUUGGAAGGAUCACUCCCUGAGAAUUUUUCCAAUCUGACCAAUCUGCAGCAGCUAUACCUCGAUGACAACUUUUUCCUAGAGGUCAACAUGACCUUGUUGGCCAACAUGACGCGUCUUAGACAUUUGAUCUUGGAACAAACCAUACUAACAUCAUCGUGGAUGCUCGAUGACAUGUUGAUUGGUGGCUGGCCACGAUUGGAGAUUCUAGACUUGAGUGAAUGCAACUUGACUUCCACCAUACCCACCAGCCUAUUACAACAUACCACGCUGCGGAUUCUGGAUCUCCACGACAAUCAACUUUACGGAACAUUGCCCACUCUACUUUCAGACACCAACACCGCUCUGGAAUUGCUGGCACUCAACUACAACAAUCUUGCAGGGGAAAUUCCCACCGCAUUUGGUCAACUCGUCGCCCUGAAGCACUUGGAUCUCUCUGUCAAUCAAUUCACUGCCACCAUUCCGGAUGCAUUGAGUGAAAUGAGUGAUUCUCUGAGAAUUCUAUUCUUGGCAUCCAAUCCCUUCCAAGCUUCACCCAUUCCCUCGUUUUUGCAGGACAUGACCAAUCUCAUCGAAUUGUCCUUGAAGAAUACGGCACGAACCGGAGAGAUUCCCUCGUGGAUUGGCAACACUCCGCCAGACUUGACAUUGCUCGAUUUGGGAGAGAACGAGUUGAGAGGGUCCAUUCCAGGUUCUUUAAGUGGUUUGGCCUUUCUACGAGUGCUGAUGCUGAAUCACAAUCAGCUCAGUGGCACCAUCCCCUCGUUGCUGUCGUCCCUUCAAUACACUCUUGAGUUCUUGUUAAUUGAAGGCAAUAACCUUAAAGGCGACGCUGGGCCAGUGUGCGAUGGUUUCGCUGCAAUACGUGAAUUCUAUUCCGCAGAUUGCUUCGAAAUCGGGUGUUCAUGUUGCGAUGUUUGCUGUGUGGAUAGUGACAGCGAUUGCAAUGAUAGGAAUUGGUUGAUUGAUGCCGAUCCCAUUUGGGAACUGGGAUUUGAACGGGUAUGGCCCACUGAUUUGAUCAAUGUCGGUUCGUACACUAUCAGUUUCAAUGGAGACAUUCCAUAA